UUUAUUUUUAAUAAAUUAAUUAUUUCAACUAUUUUUAGUGUGCGCUCUAAUGUAAACAUUGUUGACUUGUCACAAUAAAUAACUCUUAAAGUCUGCCGGAGUUUUUAAUUGGUGGUUAAGCUGCGAUCCUCUUCACUGGUGACCCCGACGUUUGAAGCACGAAGAAGAAGAAGACCUUUCAAGAUGUCAAUGCCGGACGCUCCAUUAUCACGUGACGCCACAGCUGUUACCGCCCUUCCGGCCACUGGAGAAACGAUGCGAGUUGGAGUGAGAGUACCUGUAUUCAACCCAGAUGAUCCAGAAUUAUGGUUCGCACAGCUCGAAGGCCAAUUCACCCUGUCCGGCAUCCGAGAAGACUCCACGAAGUUCUAUUACGUACUAGCGCAACUGGAACCACAGCACACGGCGGAAAUAAGGGACCUGGUCGUAGCUCCACCUUCCACCGGCAGGUACGACAAAUUAAAAGCCGAAUUAAUACGGAGGCUGUCAGCUUCACAAGAGCGUAAAAUAAAACAACUGCUAAUGCACGAGGAACUCGGUGAUAGAAAGCCCACACAAUUUUUACGGCAUCUACAACACCUAGCUGGGCCAACUGUUCCAACCGAUUUUAUCCGUACCAUCUGGUCAAGUCGACUCCCAACGCAUUUGCAGACGUGUAUAGCAGCGCAGCAUACGAAGAUGAGCCUUGAGGACAUAGCAGAGCUUGCCGACCGUAUCAACGAAAUCGUUCCAGCAACAUUGCAAGUGUCCGAGCAAGUAGCCGUGCCAGUAGCCGGUCGAGUAGCCGGGCAAGUAGCCAGUGCAUCUAGUUCCACUCUAGGAGUACCAAGUACUAGUUUCGAAAGCCUGAAUCAGACCGUAGCUGAGCUGAGCAAGCAGAUGGAGAUACUUAGCAUGCAACUUAACCGAAGACAGCCACGAUCCCGCUCACGAUUCGCCAUAGACAGAUCGCGACGACAUUCCCGCGCGCGUUCCCGCUCACAAACAAAUAACUACCCGUACUGUUGGUACCAUCAUAGAUUCGGCGAGCGCGCACGCAAAUGUAUUCAACCGUGUGGCUACAAGAAGAUGGGAAACUCUCAAGGCAGCCAGUAGUGGCGGUAGACGACUGCCUUACAAUUUCGGGCCGCCUGUUCAUCACGGAUCGCAAGACCAAAGUGCAAUAUUUAGUUGACACCGGUUCAGACCUCUGUGUCUUUCCAAGAUCCGCUGUUCGGGAACCUAGAAACAAAAUGGGAUACGAAUUGUUCGCUGCAAAUGGGACUAUCAUUUACACAUAUGGCUUCCUCCCCUUAACGCUGGAUCUAGGACUUAGGCGCGCUUUCACGUGGCGUUUCGUCGUAGCAGACGUCUCAAAGCCCAUCAUCGGCGUCGACUUUUUAAGUUACUACAACCUGCUAGUCGACUGUCGCAACCAGCGCCUCGUUGACGGUGUUACCACACUUGCUGUUGCACUCCCGAAACAACGUUCUACGGAAACAAUUUCCUCAGUCCGUACGACUUUAGAGGAUACAUCUUAUCAUCGCCUGCUUAGAGAAUUCCCAGAAAUCACUCGUCCUGCUGGAAAGCCGCACAUCACCAAACACUCUACGGUGCACCAUAUCCGUACCACCGAUGGACCACCGGUAUCUAGCCGCCCGCGACGGUUAGACCCGGAAAGACUAAAAAUUGCUAAGCAAGAGUUCGAUGAGAUGUUACAGAGUGGCACAGCAAGAAGAUCUGACAGCCCAUGGUCAUCACCGUUACAUUUAACUAAGAAGAAAAACGACGGGUGGCGACCGUGCGGCGAUUACAGAGCCCUAAACGCCCGUACAAUUCCCGAUAAGUACCCUAUAAGGCACUUGCAUGAUUUUACGUGCCAGUUGACAGGCAGUACGGUCUUUUCAACCAUAGACCUGGUUAAAGCUUAUCAUCAGAUACCAGUAUACGAAGACGACAUUCCGAAAACCGCUAUCGCCACUCCUUUCGGGCUUUACGAAUUCCCGUUCAUGACGUUCGGUCUUCGUAACGCCGCACAGUCCUUUCAAAGAUUCAUGGACGAGGUACUGCGGGGCUUAGAUUUUUGUUAUGGGUACCUGGAUGACAUUCUAGUCUUCAGCAGCAGCAGUACCCUGCAUCAAGAGCAUCUCAAGUUGUUGUUCCAAAGACUAGCAGAAUAUGGAGUUCUAAUAAAUACCAACAAAUGUACUUUCGGCAAAACGCAAGUCCAGUUCCUGGGCCACAACGUGUCAGCAGCAGGAAUACAGCCGUUAGAAUCGAAGGUUGAAGCCAUUCAGAACUUCCCGGUACCCAAGACGCUAAAAGAAUUACGAAGAUUUUUAGAUGCCCUUUCGCGUAUCGAGGCAGUUUCUAUACCCUUAGAUUACCACUCCCUGGUCAAAGCACAAGAGGCGGACAGCGAGCUACAGGACCUGCUGAAAAAUGGGUCUGCGCUUAGGUUGAAGAAAAUACGAUUAGAGUCAGAGCCAGCUCUUCUGGUAUACUGCGAUGUCUCUCAAAGUAAUCCUCGACCAUUCAUCACACCUUCAUAUCGCAAGCAGGUAUUCGAUUCGCUCCACAAUUUAAGCCAUCCAGGAGCCACGCCUACGGUCAAGUUAGUUACAGAGCGCUACAUUUGGCCUGGUAUCCGCAAAGACUGUCGACAAUGGGUAAAGGAGUGUCAACAAUGUCAGCAAAGCAAAGUGACCAGACACACUCAAGCUCCGCUACAAGCCUUCGAAAGCCCUUCCGCACGUUUUCGACACAUCCACUUGGAUUUGAUAGGUCCUUUACCUUUAUGUUUAGGUUACAGGUACUGCCUAACCAUCGUGGACCGCUACACAAGGUGGCCAGAAGUCUACCCACUACAGGACAUCACCGCCGAAAGCUGCAUUGCUGCCCUUUCCAGUGGUUGGAUAUCACGGUUCGGGUGCCCCGAACACAUCACCACUGACCGUGGCCGGCAGUUUGAGUCGGGCGCUUUCAAAGAACUGGUCAAGCUCAUCGGUGCCAACCAUCAUACCACAACGGCAUAUCAUCCGACAGCUAAUGGUAUGGUAGAAAGACUACACCGUCAAUUAAAAGCCGCAAUUGCCUGUCAUUCUACUCCGAACUGGGUAGAAGUGUUACCUUGGGUAUUACUAGGUAUACGCAGUGCAUACAAGGAUGACAUUAAAGCUUCAACUGCCGAACUUGUCUACGGGGAACCACUGCGGUUACCUGGACAGUUCUUCUCAUCAGCACCCCCAACCAUCGAGGACAUCACCGAAUUCAUUGGUAGAAUCCGAACACAUGUCAAUAAAUUAAGGCCACAACCAUCAUCUUGGCACACAAGUUCUAAUCAAACUUUUUACAUACCAAAAGACCUUAUGCUUACCUCGCACGUAUUUAUCCGGCAGGGUCCCCAUCGGAAACCCCUUCAAGCACCUUAUUCAGGUCCAUACAGGGUGCUGCGACGCGAGGAGAAAACCUUUGACAUCGACGUACAAGGCAAAACGCAGCGAAUCAGCAUAGACAGACUGAAACCAGCUUACAUACUCGCUGAGGACCAGACAGACCAGAAUAUCAAAGUUCAGGAGAAGUCUGAUGCCAUCCCUGCCAGUAAAACCAGGAGUGGUAGAGUGGUCAGAUUCCCAAACUACUAUCGCCCGUAGUCACGGUCUCGGCAGGGGAGUAGUGUGGCGAGUGCACAAUGCGUCUAAACGCAGCACAAACAUCACCUGAUCAACUACGUCAUGGAUCAGGUGAUGUUGCAGUGGUCUGAUGUAUGUCGUCACACGUAUGGAUACGCCCCUUUGGCAAUAUGGUCGCAUGCGCAUCUAUUGUCCUCGCAGCGACGUCACACGCUUGACCACACCCCCAGCAAGAUGGCCGCAUGCAUCGCUUUUGUUUUCGCCUAGGAGGAGCCCAAAAGUGG